AUGCUUGCAAGUAUACCUGCUGGAGCUUGCUGGAAUGAGACCUUGAAUUAUUGGGGUAGCAAGGAGUUCUACGAGGUACUACCCUUAGCGGAAAUCUUCAACAGUGAAGGGAGACCGUUGAAUAAAGGAAAUCUAGAAGGAUGCCCAACUAUUGACAAUUGUUUGAGCCAAGAUUGCUUCUCAGUUCUCAACAGCGAUGAAAAGAUACCAGCUUGUCUCCAGUGUAACGUGAACAUGUUUCAAAGUGAGAACUUAACGUCUUGCGAAAACGGUCCGUGCCCUGGUCCUCCGGAUCCCGACUGUGUUGGUAGUACAACUCAGCGUUUCUGCGGCUACAACUCAGUCUAUACGUCAUGCAAUGUGACUGCGGGAUCAGGUGGCAUAGUGUCGGCAUGCUUUGCUAGCCAGUGUUGCAAUGCACUUCCAGUUUCACCAAAUGACAACCCCAUCUGUAACCCCGACCGCAAGUACAACUCCAUCUGUAACCGCGAGCGCAAGUGUAAUAACACCAUCUGUAACCGCGAGCGCAAGUACAACACCAUCUGUAUCCGCGAGCGCAAGUGUAACACCUUCGGCAACUCCCACCGCAAGCCCAAGUCCGUCAGUCACCACCACUCCUGUACCAG